AUAAUAGCUACGCUAAAUAAAAAACCUAUUAAGAAACCUAAAAUAGUAAUACCUAAUAAAUAUAAUAAGAGUCGCACUAAGCUACGGACGUUUCUUACUAAUAUCGACCUUUACUAUAGUUAUAAUAAAGUAUCUAAUAAUAAGAAAAAAAUCCUUAUAGCUAAUACCUAUAUAAAAGAAAAAGUAGCUAGCUAG